ACCAAUACACGAAAACAAUUUACACUCGUAUCAGUCGGCAGAUCUCUCUCUUAACUCUUUCCCCUCUUCGAACCCCUGGAGGACUCGGCCUUCAAUGGCGGACUACUCUGAGAGCAGCCACCACGUGAUACCAAAAGAAACGGCACUCCAGGCCCUCAACACCAUCAUCCAGCUUCACUUCGAGAAGACCCUCGAGAAGAAGCGGGCCGUGGAUCUCCAGAAGAAGGAGCUCUGGAAGCUCUUCCAGAUGUUCUUCGUCUUCCUCGGACUCGUCUUCCUGGCCGAGGCCCAGUCUCCGCGGCUGCAGUGCCGCCACUGCUGGGUCCCCAUCGGCCUGCUCUCCCUCUCCCACCUCAUCUUCUACGUGUCGGUGGCCCAGACCCUGCGCUGCAUCAACGGCUUCAAGUACCAGAGGCGCUGCCACAAGCUCACCCUGGGGCUGGCCACCGACCGCCUCCGCCAGAUCAAGCUCAGGAUGAGCGGUGCCGGAGACGGAGAGGGCGGCGCCGGAGGAAGCGUGAUUACCGGGGAUGAGUUCGAGAUACACUAUCAGGAACCGCCGGAGAGUUACUUUGGUAAGUUCAAGAGGAACUGGGCUUUGUACUUUGGGUUCUUGAUCUUCAUCUAUGGCUUCUCCGUCUCUUCCUCUGUAGUUCUUCUCUGUUUCUAGUGUUUUGACUGGACCAUUCAUUGGCCUUUGAUUAAAUUGAAAUCUACAUUAUUAUUAAUUUA